AUGAGGGAAAACCCAAACGAAGAAUUUGGAUCCAGAAUUAAAAUUAUUAGAUUCGGCGAGUGGGAAAUGGAUACUUGGUUUGCUUCACCAUACCCUGAAGAACAUACAUUCAAUCCUUCUCUGCGAGUAAGAUUAAAUCGAAGUAAUGAAGAUAAUAACGUUAAGAAAAUUGGAAGAAAACCAGGCGCAAAAACAGAGGAUAAAAAUAGUUAUAAUCCAGUAAGCUGGAAGAGUUAG